AUGCAUCCGAGGCUCGUUGAUCUGUGCAGCGAGCUGAGAGUCAGAGCCGCAAGUGAAGAGGGACUCAUAAGUUAUCAGCCAUCGGAAGAUCUUCGCCAAGAGGCUCCAGCGAGCAGCUUUCCAGGCGCACGGAUCGUUGAGGAGGAGGAAAUCAAGCGGGAGGAUGCUGAGCUGAGCCGAGCCGAGCCGAGCCGAGCCGGGAGCUGCAGCUUCACCUCAUCACCGCCAACGCGGGAUGCUCCUUCUAGUAAGAGCUGCUCGCCUGUCAUGCUUGGUCCAUCCGUCCACAGUGCGCUCUUUCUGGGCGCCUUCCUCCAGCUGUUCUCCCUGCCCGGCGGACAGAUGCCAUCCUGCCAGGAGGUCCGCACAGUCUUUCACUCUCUGCAUCCGGGCUCCAAGUGGGUCCCCGAAACCCCGGUGUCAGGUGCGGAUCUGCAGGUUUGCCAAACCAAAGGCCCGACCUGCUGUUCCAAGAAAAUGGAGGAGCGGUAUCAGGUGGCCGCACGCAGCAACAUGGAGUCUGGUCUGCAAGUCGUCAGUGCUCAACUCAAACGUCUUAUCAUCCACAACGCCGCCAUAUUCCAAGAGGCCUUUGACCUGGUGCUGCGUCACGGCCGUAACUUCACCCUGGCCAUGCUGAAGUCCGAGUUCCCAGGUCUGGGAGGUGGAGCCCAGAGCUCCGUGGGGCAGCUCUUCCUGGACAUGUCGCUCUACAUCCUGGGCUCAGACUCCACAGUGGACCACAUGGUGGCGGUGCUCUACGGCCGCCUCUUCCCGCUGGCGUACCGCCGCCUGCUGGGCGGCAGCGGAUCCUCUUUGUCUGAGGAGUGUGUAAAAGGAGCCUGGAAGGAGUCUGAAGCAUUUGGCCCUUAUCCCAAACUGAUGAUGACCCGUCUGUCUCGCUCCCUCCUGGCCACGCGAGUCUUUCUGCAGGCGCUGAACCUGGGCAUCGAGGUUGUCAACACCACCGACCACCUGCGGCCCAGCCGGGACUGUAGCCGGGCCCUGCUGCGGCUGUGGUACUGCCCGCACUGCCAGGGCAUGCUGGGGCCGCCAGCCUGCAGAGGCUUCUGUCAAGCGGUGAUGCAUGGCUGCCUGGGGGGAGCGGCCGAGGUGCAGCCUCACUGGAGGACUUAUGUGGACGGACUGGGGAAGCUGGCCGGUGCCAUGAGGGGCGAGCAGGACAUGGAGGCUGUUGUUCUUAGACUGCCUUCAAUGAUCAAACUGGCUCUCAAGCACGCUGUGAACGAACGCACCCGCCUUACUGCCCUGGUGAGCGGGAUGUGUGGACACACUCCUCCGCGGGCCGCUCGCUCGGUGGGAUCCCCUCCUGCACAGCCUCCCGCUGCCCCCGCGGCCCGCAACAGGCAGCCCCCAUCCUCGGACUCUGAUGAGACUCUGGCUGGCCUCCGCAGGGAGUUCAUAUCCGACUUGAAGGGCUUCAGCUCCUUCUACAGUGGUCUUGGGGAGGCGCUGUGCAGCCGUGAGCCCGCUCCAGCGAACCACUCCCUCUGCUGGAAUGGGCAGGAGAUGACAGACAGGUUUCCUGGGCCGGGCCAGAAGCGACCGAAUCCCGGCUCCGAGUCCCGAAGCAACAAGCCCCCUGAGCCGAUCAUCAGCCAGAUCAUAGACAAACUCAAACACAUCAACCAGUUGCUGCGGCUGGUAACGGUAUCUGAGAAGCGCUGGAGAGCCCGGUCGCGUGGAGGCGGAGGGGACGGGUGGAGCGACGAGGGGGAUGAGGGAUUCGAGAGCGGUGACUGUGACGACGAAGACGAGUGCUCCGGCGUGUCAGGGCUGGGGCCGCCACCGAGACGCAAACGGUUACGCAUCUUUGCAGACCUCGCUGAUAACCUGGCAAUGGACGACUUCACCUUCCAGGAGCAGCUGCUGACCCCUGGCUUGGCCACAGCCGGGGUCGGAGGCGUCUCCUCGCCGGCGGCUCUGCUGUGGACGAGCUACCUGGUCCAGGCGCUCCCGGUGACGCUUGCUCUGCUCCUGCUUUGUCACCACUGA